UGAGAGUAGACAGAAUAGAUUUUCAAUGACACAAGACUGGAAUCGAACAGAAACGACUGAAGUUAGUAUCUGUGUGGAGGAACUUCACGGGAAAAAACAUGUGUUUGACGGAGUAGCACCUUCUGAUUCCGCUGAAACACUGAUGUCCAAAAUUGAACGAAAAACUAAGGUUCCCAAACAUGAAUUUGUUUUAUUCUGUAAUGGGAGAAUAGUUGAAGAAAAACAAACGUUAAAAGAUUAUGAUAUCUACACAUCAUCAAUCCUCCUUCUACGCCAGAAAAGGAAAGGGAAGGAAACAAGUGUAUCAUGUGACCUCCGGCAGAUUGUGUGGAACAAAUUUGAUCAUUACUACAAAAAGAUUCAAAAUCUGGUCAAUAAAUUUCCACAAUUCUUCGAAGACACAACUCGCAUGCUUUCCGAAAAGGACUUCAGUAGGAUAUCCAAAGCGAUUGGAGACGGCUGGCAGUCUCUAGGAAUGGAAUUAGGGUUAGAUAAAAUUAAACUAGAACAUAUUACAGCUAAUAACCAAACUUUGGAAAUGAAAAUUGUUGACAUGCUAACACAAUGGAGUCGUCAGAAACCGUCAGAGGCUAAAGCUGGAAAUCUUUAUAGUGCCAUUAAAAACUGCACCGAUUUGAGCUGUAACUUGGAAACAUUAAAGAGCAUUGUUCUUGGAGUUUGACCUUCAAUGACUAAAAUAUCAUCCUACUGUAUUGCAACCUGAACGAAAACACUUAUCAAACUUCCUAACUGGCCAUGCCCUACCUUCUGAUGAUAAUAUCUAUUACCAUCAUUUAACCGAAGAUAGAUGUAGAUUUGUAACAUCUUUAUGAGAGUUUAAAAAAUGUAUUGGCGUUCAAAGAAAAAGAAACGGACCAACAUUUUCAAAAAGUAUUUUUACCAUUUAUAGACCGGACAUCAAUCUACUAUUUGUGAGUUCAUAACAUUGUUCCAUCAGGGAAAUUAUAUAAAAGCAACACGUUUUCAAAUAUCUGAAUUUUCAAUGGAUUUGCUCUGUUACUCUUCAAAUUUCAGAUUGUCUACCUUUUAUAUGAAUUUCAUUUGACACCAAACACCAAAUAUUUCAACACAAAUGGUACCAGCUUCUUCAUAUUUGCGCAAUCUGUCGAUUACUGUACUGACUACACUAGCUACAAGGGUAUAUUAUGUUAACCAUAAAUCAUUACUUCAAAGUAUUGGAAAUGACUGUGAAUCACUUUUUCACAGAUAAAUUUAAAUUUAUCUGAAGAAAAGAAAUAUGUAUUCAUAAUUGAAUAUCCUAAACAAAAAUGUACCAAUGCCUAUAGAGAUGCUUAUUUACAGUUCGCAAACAAUUUUGAAAUUUUCAGGUCUUACAGUUACCUUGUUCAAAUGCCGGUAUCUAUAAAAUUUAUAAAAUAAAAACUUUAAGAUAAAUAUACAAUAAAUAUACAACGCUUCAAUUUGUUGAAAUCAGAGCUAUAUCUUUCAGUCCAGUAAUUUGACAGCAUACGUCCAAAAAAUUAC